UAAAGUUCACACCUCACGCUAGCAAAUCUAUUGCCCAUCAUAUGAUGGUCUACGGGUGUCGGGUGCCUGGAAGCAACGAAUCAUCGUGGGUGUGCGACCAAGGUGAAAGUGAUGGUAACACACCUGACACAGUGUGUGGUGAUCGAGACAAAAAAAUCCUGUUCGCUUGGGCCUUGGAUGCUCCUGAAAAGUCUUUACCAGAAGGUGUUGGAAUUCGAGUAAGUGGUACCACACAAAUAAACUACAUGGUCGUGCAGCUUCAUUACGCAAAGACCUUUGCUCCCGGAGUUACGGACAAUUCAGGUAUUACUAUUGGAAUGACACAUAACAGACCACCACAACAGGUUGGAUACUUUGUGUUGGGAAACUGGGGUAACAUUCCCCCACAAGUAGCAGAUUAUCGUAUGGACUCAGCGUGUGAGUUUCCACUAAAUUACACAAUCUACCCAAUCGGUUACAGAACACAUUCCCAUAAUUUAGGUUUUGUGACAAGCGGAUACAGAAUUCGUAACGGAACCUGGUUGCAGAUAGGGAAAAUGUCCCCUCAACGUCCCCAGGCAUUCUACAACGUCAACAAUCCAGGCAUGGAUAUAAGACAUGGGGAUGUACUGGCCGGAAGAUGUGUGAUGAAUAGCAAGUCCAGAUUGGCUAUUACCAAGAUUGGCUCGACCAACCACGAUGAGAUGUGUAAUUUCUACAUCAUGUAUUCAACUUACGAACAGGCAAAUCUGAACACUGCGUUCUGUUUCAAAGACGCUAAUAACUACAGUUGGUUGCAGACCUUUAAACCAGAGGAUGUUCCAAAAGAUACGGAGUCUUUAGCUGGUAUUCAGGGAGCUCAGGAAAUAACGGAGAAAUUCAAAUCUUUGGAGAUAACAAUGUAA